GAGUGCGUCUUUAGCGCCCCCUGGUGGUCAUUACUUAAUAGUACAGGCAACAUGGCGGCGCCCGUCAGGACUUUGUGCUGUUCAGCUCUGAGGCUUUCCAGCAGACACUUUAGCUCUACAUGCGGAGUACAAGCUGGACAAAAAUGGAGAACGGAACAUGGACUGUCCAGGAGUGGCACAGAGUAUGGACCCCUGACGGAUCUGCCUGAUUGGUCAUUUGAGGACGGGCGUCCGGCACCUCCACUGAAAGGCCAGCUGAGGAGAAGGAAAGAGAAAGAAGAGUUGGCCAGGCGUAUUGUGAUGCUGAACUCUGAGGUGGACCGAGGAAUAGAAGUCUGGGAAGAGAAGCAGCAAGAGGCCAAACGGAUGGAGGAGCACAAACAGUCUCUUUUACUAAAACCUAAAGGGAAGUUGUUAAUAAAGAAACCCAGGAGUUAGGAACUGAUUAUUUGGUAUUUGUUUAAUAAAUGCUGUUUCUGUUUUGUCAAAAGUAAAAAA